UGACAAGUUAUGGCGUCAAAGUUCAGAGCUGGUGAGGUUCUGCAGUUAACCAUUAACCCACUGCAGGGCGGCCCACUGGUUAACCUUUACCACUACCUCAGCACUGUCUUGGUUCCUGAGUUUAUAACCAUCGUCCUCUGAAUGUAUUAUAGAGUCUGUGAUUCAACAGUGGAGAGACAGAGACAGAGAGAGAGAGAGAGAAAGAGGGAGAGGGAGAGAGAGAGAGAGGGAGAGAGGGAGAGAGGGAGAGAGAGAUAGAGAGACAGAGAGAGAGAGAAAGAGAGAGAGAGGGAGAGGGAGAGAGAGAGAGGGAGAGGGAGAGAGAGGGAGAGAGAGAGAGGGAGAGAGAGAUAGAGAGACAGAGAGAGAGAGAGAGAGAAAGAGAGGGAGAGAGAGUGAGAAAGGGAGAGGGAGAGAGAGAGAAAGAGAGUGAGAAAGAGAGAGAGAGAGAGAGAGAGAGAGAGAGAGAGAGAUAGAGAGAGAGAGGGAGAGAGAGAGAAAGAGAGGGAGAGGGAGACAGACAGACAGACAGACAGACAGACAGACAGACAGACGGCUGACCUCCUGUCUGCGUGCCCCCCUCCUCCUGCAGAAGAUGUCGGGUUUCGUCCAGCGUGUGAUGGCGCUGACCAAGCGGCCCGGGCAGACCUUCGGGUUCUUCCUGCGCGCGGAGCAGGGCGAGGCGGGGCACCUGGUGCGCUGCCUGGACAUGGGCGGCGCCGCCGAGCUGGCCGGCAUGAGGGAUGGCGACCGCAUCCUCAGGGUGAACGGGACCUUCGUGGACGACCUGCCCCACCAGCGGGUGGUGGAGCUGGUGAAGGAGAGGGGCGUGUCCGUGACCUUCAGCGUGAUCGACGCCGCGUCCUACGAGCGGGCCAAGACCGAGGGGGUGGACCUGUCCGUCACGCACCCCCGCCCGCCGGCCGUGGCGGCGGGGGGGGUCCCCGCGGCGCUGGGCCCCGCGGGGACCCCCAGGCUCUGCUACCUGGUCAAGGCCAGCGCCGGCUACGGCUUCUCCCUGCGGUCGGUCCUGGGCGAGCUGGGCGUGUUCCUGACCCAGGUGUUCGGGGGCGUGGCCGAGCGAGCGGGGGCCCGGACCAACGACCGGCUGCUGGAGGUGAACGGGGCGAGCGUGGAGCAGGCCACGCACGAGCAGGUGGUGGAGAGGAUCAGGGUGGCGGACGGCGCCCUCAUGUUCCUAUUGGUGGACGAGGACACAUACCGCUACUACCAGACCAAUCAGAUGAUGGUAGGGGCGGGGCUGGCCACCGUGAAGCACCUCCCACACCAGCCACGCAUCGUUUACCUCACCAAGACCGAGGGGUACGGCUUCCUGCUCAAGGAGGACCCCAAGACCAAAGCCCACCUCAUCAAGGACAUCGACGUGGGGAGCCCGGCCCGGAGGGGGGGGCGUGACGGGGACCGGCUGGUGGCCCUGGACGGGGCGGCGCUGGAGAGCCAAUCCCACGAGGCGGCGGUGGAGCACAUCCGACGGGCGGGUGGCGCGUGCUGCCUCCUGGUGGUGGACCCCGACACCGACAGGAUGUACAAGAUGGCCGGCGUGUCCCCCAUGCUCUACUGGGAGGAGACCAAGGGGUCUGCGUCCCCCCCAGCUACUCCGACGCCAUCCACCUGCCGGCCCCCCCCCCGCCCAGCACCAGCAGGCGACAGGGAGGAGCAGCAACAGGAGCAGGAGGAGGAGGAGGAGCAGAAGGAGGAGGAGCUCAAGCCUAAACUGUGCAAGAUGCAGAAGACGUCCGCAGGCUACGGCUUCCACAUCAACGGCAUCCGGGGCGUGUGUGGGCAGCACAUCGAAGAGGUGGUGCAGGGUGGGGCGGCCGACCUCGCCGGGCUGCAGGACGGCGACGUGGUGGUGGAGGUGAACAGCGUCAACGUGGAGAGCUCCGCCCACGAGGAGGUGGUGGCGCUGGUCCAUCGCAGCGGCGCCUCCCUGGAGCUGCUGGUGGCCUCGCAGCGUGUCUAUGACCGGCUCCGGGCCCGGGGGGCGCCCAUCACCCCCACGCUGCUGGGACCGGGCCCCGGGGUCCAGACCCAGGCCACGGUGGAGCCCCGGGCCGGGACCCCCCCCCCCCCGGACCCCCCCCGCCCGGGAGAGGACGCCAUCGGUGUCGUCUGCCUCGUCUGAGGAGGGCGUGGAUCUGAGGUUCUGAAGGCCGUGAGCACCCCUCUGGUCCCCAAUUCCUCCUCUGAAUAACGGCAACCACACUGAGGGCCCUAACUCAUCCUGAGGGCCAAACACACUGAGGGCCCCAACUCAUCCUGAGGGCCAAACACACUGAGGGCCCCAACUCAUCCUGAGGGCCAAACACACUGAGGGCCCCAACUCAUCCUGAGGGCCAAACACACUGAGGGCCCUAACUCAUCCUGAGGGCCAAACACAUUGAGGGCCCCAACACUUCCUGAGGAACUCAGAAGUUCAUUGACUGAGGAAAGAGAAGGCUUCACUGUUAACCAUCUACCUUCUAAUUGUGCAAAUAUGAUUAUCAACAGAAUUAAUGAGCCAUGACAUUAACACUUGUUGUAUCCUAAUGAGUCACUUUCCUAAAGGCCGUGGAGUACUGGUUGUAUGAAACUUCUUUAAUCUGUAAAAAUAUCCUAUCCCUACACAUAACAUAAGCUAUUAAACAUGUUGCAUACUUUAAUGAUCAAAUAUCCUAAUAUAAAGCAUUAUUUAUCAGUUGUUCUGACCUGCUAUGUAAAACAAAGAAUAUUUAAAUAAACUAUUUUAUUUCGUUUUAAAA